AUGGCCAAGGACUGGAUACAGAGUUCAGGAGUUAGCCCAAGCACGUCUCGUUUGACAUUGGAUAUUAUCGGAAAAGCAUUAUUUAAUUAUGAUUUUGAUUCGUUAACAAAUGAUACUGGGAUAGUUGAGGCUGUAUACACUGUCUUGCGAGAAGCAGAAGAUCGAAGUGUUGCACCACUUCCAUACUGGGAUAUUCCCAUAUUCAAAGACAUAUCACCACAGCAAAAAAGGGUCACUGCUGCACUCAAGCUGAUCAAUGAAACACUUGAUGAUCUGAUUGCAAUGUGUAAGGUGAACAUUUCAAUGUCAGUUGUGGGAGUAUGAUAAACUUGUAUGGUU